AUGGAGACCCAGAGGGCCAGCCUCUCCCUGGGACGGUGGUCACUGUGGCUACUGCUGCUGGGACUAGUGCUGCCCUCGGCCUGUGCCCAGGUCCUCAGCUACAGGGAAGCUGUGCUUCACGCUGUGGAUCGCAUCAAUGAGAGGUCUUCAGAAGCUAAUCUCUACCGCCUCCUGGAGCUAGACCCGCCUUUCAAGGAGGAUGAGAACCCAAAUGUCCCGAAGCCUGUGAGCUUCAGGGUGAAGGAGACCGUGUGUCCCAGGACAAGCCAGCAGCCCCCGGAGCAGUGUGACUUCAAGGAGAAUGGGCUGGUGAAGCAGUGUGUGGGGACAGUCACUCUGGAUUGUGUGGGGACAGUCACCCUGGACCCAUCAAAUGACCAAUUUGACAUAGACUGUAAUGAGCUUCAGAGUGUCAGGAGAUUUCGCCGGACCCGACGUUUGUCACGGCCAAUUAUAAGGCCAUUGCCAUUUCCACGGCCACGGCCACGGCCACGGCCACGGCCAAGGCCAGUUCCAGUGCUAUUGUGA